UUGGUAGUGAUGGCUAGAACGGGGAAGAACACCAGGAGCGUAUCGGAGCGUUUUAGCUGACCAGAAAACAUCAUUAAUUAAUGGUCUCUCCCUUCUACCUGACCCCGAGAACGGAUGGGUAGAGGGGGUCUCUCCAAAAGACACAAGAAACGAAAGAGAUUUAGGAUCGGAGGAUAACUGAGGAACGCUAACGCUAGCCGUGGUAGCUAACGACGCUAGCUGGCCGUCAACACGGCGGUCACUGCCGGGAACGAACCCGAGCAAACCCUCGACUAUUGUCGGCCGGGGAGUAGCGGAGGACACGCUGAGAACAGGCUGGAGCGUUUGAUCAAAAGACCUAGCCUGUCGCUAAUAUGAGCGGUCCGGGACAGGAGAGCGAACCAGAGGCGAAGGUCCUUCACAUCAAACGACUGUACAGGGCUGUGGUGGAGUCUGUGCAUAAGCUGGAUGUCAUCAUUGGCAACAAAGUAUCAUACAGAGAGGUCUUCAAGCCAGAGAAUAUAAGCCUUCGUAACAAGUUGAGGGAGCUGUGUGUGAAGCUGAUGUUCCUCCACCCGGUUGACUAUGGUCGCAAGGCUGAGGAGCUACUCUGGAGGAAGGUCUAUUAUGAGGUCAUCCAGGUCAUCAAAACCAACAAGAAGCACAUACAUAGUCGCAGUGCGCUGGAGUGUGCCUACAGGACCCAUCUGAUCGCUGGUGUGGGCUUCUACCAGCACCUGCUGCUCUACAUCCAGUCUCACUACCAGCUGGAGCUACAGGACUGCAUCGACUGGACUCAUGUCACGGAUCCGCUCAUUGGCCGAAAGAAACCAGUGUCAGCAUCCCCCAAGGAGAUGGAGUGGGCACAGAUGGCCUGUCAUCGCUGUCUGGUCUACCUGGGAGAUUUAGCCCGUUAUCAGAAUGAACUGGCGGGGGUGGAGGCCGAGCAGCUGGCUGAGAGGUUCUAUCACCAAGCCCUGUCAGUCACGCCCCAUGUAGGUAUGCCCUUUAACCAGCUCGGCACACUGGCAGGGAGUAAGUUCUACAACGUUGAGGCAACCUACUACUACCUUCGCUGCAUUCAGUCAGAGACACCCUUCGAGGGUGCCUACGGGAACUUAAAGCGCCUGUUUGACAAAGCUGCCAAGAUGUACCACCAAGUGAAGAAGCAGGAGAUGAAGAGGCUGUCGCCAUCUCGACAAAGAUCGAAAGAUAUUAAGCGACUCCUUGUGAGCUUUAUGUACCUCCAGAGUCUACUACAGCCCAAGAACAGCGUGACAGAGGCAGAGCUGACAUCCUUGUGCCGGUCAGUGCUGGAAGACUUUAACCUAGUGCUGUUUUACCUGCCCCCAUCGGCCCAUGGCGGUCCUCACCACUCCCCCUGUGAGGAGGAGGAGGAGCAGCACAGCGACGGCUCCUGCCCCGCACUGCAGGAUGCCCUGGUCUUCAAGAUGGUGGUCACCUGCUUGAUGGUGGUACACAGCCUGAAGAGAGGAGGAUCGAAACAGUACAGUGCAUCCAUAGCCUUCAUGUUGGCUCUGUUCUCCCACUUGGUCAACCACGUCAACAUCCGCCUGCAGGCUGAGCUGGAGGAUGGAGAGAGCCAGGUGCCACCACUGCACACUGACAAUGCAGAUGACCCAGAAAUGAGGGAUCCAUUGGUCCCUCUAACCGACCCACCCGACAACCAGCAGCUGCACAACGGGUCCCUGGAGCGGGAGGAUGAGGAGGAACAGGAAAUGGGUGAAGAUGGUAACGGCAGGGUCGGAGCCAAGAGGAGCAGCUUUGGGGUAGAGCAGCUGGAUGAGGAGAAACGGAGGCAGAAGAAGAAAUACUCCCGCUUGUCACGACUUCGCCGCCGGCGCUGUGCCCACAAGGAUGGACGGCCAGAGGACGAGAGCGACCUGAGUGAGGGCUUUGAGAGCGAUGAGGAGGAGGAGCAGGAGGAAGACGAUGAAGUUGUCAACGAGAGGAUGGGUCACCCCAAUUCGACCGGCAAUGUGCCUUCGUUGUCAGCUUCUCAGAUUAACUCCUCCUCAUUGCAGAAUGAGAACAAGAGGGAUGCCCUGGGGGAAGAGGGCAGCUGGGGCAGUGGCUCAGAGGAAGAGGAGGGUGGCACAGCCUUUGACGUGGAGACGGACUCGGACAUGAACAGCCAGGAGUCGCGCUCUGACCUGGAGGACAUGGAUGACACAGAGAACUCUGACAACCAUGAGAGCCGAGCACGGGAUCCGCAGGACUAUGAGGAAGAUGAAGAGCGGCCUAAGGAGGAAGGUGGUGAGCAGGAUGGCAGCACCCCUCCAAUCACCAAUGGGCCGCUGUUGCCCUGCAGUGACCCUAGUAUCAGCAGCAACCUGCAGGCCAUGUCCUCGCAGCUCUUCCAGAGCAAACGCUGCUUCCGCCUGGCACCCACCUUCAGCAAUGUGCUGCUGCGGCCUCAGGGCUCCUCCUCUUCUGGGAACCUUACGCCCACUCCCACUGAUGCCUCUGACACCCCCAUCCCUUCCCAAGAGACCCCACCUCCGCCUGUGUACUCGCCCUGCGACGUGAACCCCAGUACCCCGAAUGGAACCAACCAAAAUGACCUGGACUCUGAUUCAGAAGGCAGCCAGCACAGCAACCAGUCAGUACAUAGUGAGAAGACGCUCCCGGAGAAACUGGAGAUCCUGACCAAUCAGGGACUCCUCCAGGUAGUGAAGGUCUUUGCUGAUUGGCUAAGGACAAACACGGACAUUAUCCUCAUGUGUGCAAAGAAUUCUCAGAGUCUGUGGAACCGGCUGUCAGUCUUGCUCAACCUGCUGCCAGAUGGCAGCAAGAUUCUAGAAGCAGAUCUGGGUCUGAAUACAGAGGUGCGUGAGCUCCUAAAUCUAUGUGAGGAGCCUGGUUUGGUCCAGAACCUGCUGCUGCCUGAGGACAGGGCGUUACGUCACCUGCCGGCCCUCAGCCUGGCACACCGCCGCCUUGACUUCACCUGCCAAAAGCCCUCCCUCAGCCCUCUUCAGGAGUGUGUCGUCCGUGUUUGUUGCAUCCGCAGUUUUGGCCACUUCCUGACCAGUCUCCAGGGCAAUGUGUUGCAUUUCAACCCUGAGGCGGGUAUCUUCACCAGCAUCAGCCAGUCGGAGCAAGACAAUCUGGUGCAGCAAGCCAAGGCCCAGUUCCGCAUGGCUGAGGAAGAGGCCCGUCGAAAUCGCCUGAUGAGGGAUAUGGCCCAGCUGCGACUACAGUUGGAGGUGUCCCAGCUAGAAGGUAGUCUGCAGCAGCCCAAAGCCCAGUCCUCCAUGUCGCCAUACCUGGUACCCGACACAGCUGCCCUCUGCCAGCAUCUGAACUUGACUCGGCAGCUGGCCAGCAGCGGUUGUUUCAUCAUCAUCAUCCCACGCACAGUGAUUGAUGGUCUUGACAUGCUGAAGAAGGAAAAUGGUGGCGCAAGGGAUAGUAUUCGCUUUCUGGAGUCUGAGUUUCGCAAAGGCAACAGGUACAUCCGCUGCCAGAAAGAGUCAGGGCGAAGUUUUGAAAGAGAUAAACUGAAACGUCAGGACAUAGAGGCAUGGCAUCUUUAUAAAAUGGUGGACAGCUGCCGUCAGCUAACAGUCUCUCAGAGCAACGGAGAUGAAGACACGACCGGCAUGGUGACCAUCCUCACUGGCCACUCGGUGGAGGAGAUGGGAAACCGUUCAGCAGCAAUGAAGUCAGCCAUCCAGGCGGCCAGCGUGGCGGGCAUGGAGCUGAAGAACAUCGUGGAGUUCUACCGGCAGUGGAAAGAAAUUGGCUGAGAGAUCCGGGGGUGCGAAGGUCGGCACGGCGGAAAGCUGAUCGAUCACUCACACUCGCUCCCUCUCUCUCUCUCCCACUCUUUUGCUCUGUGUGUAUCUGCGUCUCCACGGCAAAAUCAACUCAAAAGAAAAGGAAGGAAUGAAGGAAAAGAGUUAAAGGCUAAAAAGAGGGCUUGAAAAGUGACAAGAGUGGAGGAAAAACGAGGCAAAGAGUUAUGGGCGAAACAGGGCUCUAAGAAACUGCAGACCUCCCACCUCUCAACCCCACACUUACACAUCAAGAACGACCCCUAGAGGUUGGGGCGGGCAGAUGGUGGAGGGGGACAUUGAGCAACUUUUGAAGUGCCCCUGGUUCACACCCUAACCAGGCAUAUACUGUAUAUGUUAGCAAACAAGCGUACGCGUCGAGAGAAACAGCACGCACACACAAACUCUCACACACACACACACACACACACACACACACAUACAUACACACACACAACUCAUUCAUGCUCGGAUAAAUCCAUAUAGAUAUUUAGAGCAGUGUUUGGGAUUCCGAUCUCCUUCUCCUUCCUCCUCCUCCUCCUCCUCCCCUUGGUCUGAGUUUAAGAACAGGGCACAAGAUGGCAAGACUCCGGCAGGGGUGUGUAUGAAAAACCUUUUUUUUUGAAGAAAAAAAAGAGAGAGAAAAGACAUCCAGUGGUCUCGUGACACUUAGGCUAGCCAAGCUUUCCCACCUCAGAGCUGAGCCAGUGUCUGGGAGCCGGUAGGUUUCUAGAAGGGGUUGAGGACAAAGGGACGUCCACUUCCCCUGAAUGGGUUUCUUUCCUAUGUGGCUAAUUUUUUUCCCCCCCUCUAUUUGCGGUGUACUUUUGUGACCAGUGACUAAUGUAUUGUGUUCUCUUUGUAUGAGGAAAACUAGAAAGAAACAAAAUGGCGGGUGGUGCCCUGUGUCUGCUUAUAAUUUGGAUUUUAUUUUUCUACCCAAAUGAUGUAAGUUACUUUAUUUUGCUUUUUGUAAAACUAUCGCCGACUGAAAUACACAAGAAUGUUUAUGAGAAGGAAGAGGGAUUGUUGUCGUGUAUUGUUCACUAAAAUAGUCCUUCCAUUCUCAGAAAGUAAGGAAAAAAAAUUAUCUUGAUUUUAACUCGUCAAGGUGUCAUUUGGAGGCGGUGAUUCGUAUCCGGAGAAAGGGGUCAGACAACAUACCCGGGGGGUGGUGAGGUGGUUUGGGUUUGGACCCCUGAAAACUCCAGAAUUACAUCCCAUCUCCCAUCACCAUUUCCAUAGUGACUGUCCCAUCAUGCACAGUGCAGAGAAAUACAAGAUAUAUGUGUGUGGCCACGCAUUG